AGGUUGGACUAAGUUACUCCAGAGGGUGAAAUUCGACCAAUCGAGGCCUGAUCGAGGCGUGGGAACCUUUGGCACGCGCGGAUUGUGAAGAGUCGAACUCCUGAAGCUCAAUUCCGAAAUCUUCUGGCAACCUCCUGGCGACCUCAAAUGUACUCGCAGCUAUGACGACCACAGCAAACAUAGCGUUCGCGAACCUCGCCUCGACGUUCGUUAAUUUGCCACAAGAGUGGGCAAAUGCGUUGUGGGACCAGCUACAGAACCUACGGUCCGGAAGCGUCAUACUAUCGCUGAAAUGGAAAGACAAGUCGGCGCGACAAGGAUUGAACCGCGAAGUGUUUGUGGCAUGGGCGGGCGGGGCGGCUGCUGCGAAGAGGACAAGUUACCCUGGACAAGCUCCGCAGGGGAAGGAGAAUAGGCUGGAAAUUGAUGCACUGUAUGGGAAGUUGUUGGGGUUGACGGAGGGCCUGCCGGUCGAAGUGGAGUUUUGCAAGAACAUACCGAACGGGACGUCCGUCAAUGUGGAGCCACUUUCUGUGGAUGAUUGGGAGAUUUUGGAGUUACAUGCGGGAUACCUAGAGGAGCAGUUCCUCAAUCAAGUCCGCGUAGUAUGGGAUGGGCAAAUCAUUCCAGUAUGGGUGCAAGGAGGGACGGUCAUCCGAUUACGGAUUGUGGACACGGAACCAACAGCAACCUGCGUGAAGCUCGACACCGACGCCGAAGUCAUCGUCGCACCCAAACAGCGGCGGAAAGUGAGCUUCAAAGAACCAGAGCCAGAGACAAUGACCCCUGUGAAGCACGCCAAGAAAGUCCCAGGACUUCCGUUGCGUUUACUCCCCACGGACGCGCUAGCGCCAGGCGAUGCGAUACACACACCCGCCGCACCAACCAUCUACAUCGGACCAGAAACAGCCCCUUGGGCCUCACAAGAUGGAAGUGUAUUGAAACUCUCCCCCUUUCGGUUCAAAGGAUCUCCAAAGGACAAAUCAGCGAACCAAACGCCAGGGGAUGACGAAACACCCGACAACAAUACAACAACAGCCACAGCAUCCAAAACCCUCUACGUCCGUUGCCACAUCCGCAUGAACAUCCCGAAAGGCCAUUUCUGGGCCACGAAAGCAGUCCGUGAUGCCCUCGAUCUGCACCCCUUCGCCCGCGUCAAAGCGUUUCCCCCAUCUUCCCCCCCGCUCAAGAAGUUCCAGAUCAUCCUUCGUCCUAUCGACUAUGGCGCCGCGGCGUUGAAGUUGAGGGAUGAGACGGCCAAAGAGGAGACGGUGGAGGCGUUUAGGCGGGAGCUGAAGCGGGUCGUGGGCGAUGCGGGGUCGGUUGUGUUGACGCAUGGGACUGUACAGCAUCUUAAUAUACCUGGGAAAGCAAACGGCAACACAACGGUCCUGGUCACAUUGAUCCCGACGGAAGCGUCAACAACACCCGAUGACCAAGUAACGCCUCUCGACAACUAUAUCGAAAUCGAUCACACAAACCAGCAUCAGAUUCCCGUGAAAGUCCAUACCACACUGUCAAUGAAGAAAGCCGCGGAAAAGAGCGCACCUUCGGAACCAGCACCUCGACUGGCGGGAAUAGACGAACUUCUCCACUCGUUAAAGUACCAGGUUAAACAUCGCUUGAUACAGCGCGGGCUUCGCGGGGCUGUGGCUUCUCCCGCACCCGGCAACAUCCUAUUACACGGAUCCCCAGGCGUUGGGAAGACCAGCAUCGUCAAAGCAGUUGUCCAUGCUCUUGGUAUUGAUCCGAGCGUACUAGCCUUCUCAACGUACAUAAACUGCCAAGACCUAGUCCCCGAACGCAUCCCCAAAGUAAAAGACACCCUCCAAGAAGCCAUCUAUAAGGCCGCGUUCCAUUCACCCGCAGUCGUCGUGCUGGAUAACCUUGACCGGCUGAUUCCUGUUGAACAAGAGGGCACAGACGCAUCCCGCACAACCCAACUCUCGUCCCUCUUCCUCGACCUCGCCCUUACCGCCACCUCUCGCCUCGGCAUCGUGCUUCUCUGCACAUCCCUCCAACAAUCCUCGCUUCACGCGUCGGUGAUGACGCAGCAUGUGUUUGGGUAUACCGUGCAUGUGAGGGCGCCGAGCAAGGCGCAGAGGAUGCAGAUAUUGGAAUCGACGUUAUCAAACAACCCAGCUAUCCAACGCCCCACCGCUGGCCUCGACCUUUCCUCCAUCGCCGGCACGACCGAGGGCUACAGCCCCGCCGAUUUAUGUACGCUGACCAAACGGGCGUUGCAUGAGGCUACUGUGCGGGUUUUGCAUGAGUCUGUACGUGAUGGGGUGGAGAAUUCAAGUGAUGGGAAGGGGUAUGGGGGAAAUGGGGGCGUGGAGGUUGGCAAGGAGGAUUAUGAGAAAGCGCAGAGGGGUUAUGUCCCCGCCGGGUUGAAGGGGGUGAAGUUGGAGAAGGAUACGGGGGUUGAGUGGGGUGAUAUUGGAGGACUACAUGCGACGAAACGCACGAUUUUGGAAACCCUCGAAUGGCCCACAAAAUACGCCUCAAUCUUUGCUAACUGUUCGCUGAGGCUGCGGUCCGGCCUCCUCCUCUACGGCUUCCCCGGCUGCGGCAAAACCCUCCUCGCCUCCGCGGUCGCCAAAGAAUGCGGAUUAAACUUCAUCAGCGUCAAAGGACCUGAAUUGCUGAAUAAGUAUAUUGGGGCUAGUGAGCAGAGUGUGAGAGAUGUGUUCGAACGAGCGGCGGCAGCAAAACCGUGUGUGUUGUUUUUGGACGAGUUUGACGCGAUUGCGCCGAGAAGGGGAAAUGAUAACACAGGCGUAACCGACCGCGUAGUGAACCAAAUGCUGACGCAGAUGGACGGCGCGGAGGGGUUGGAUGGGGUUUAUGUUCUCGCCGCGACCAGUCGACCGGAUAUAAUCGACCCAGCCCUCCUCCGCCCCGGCCGGCUUGAUAAGAGCCUGUUGUGUCCGAUGCCCAACUACGCGGAUCGUCUUGAGAUCCUGCAGACAGUCUCUCGCAAACUGACUCUCGCCCCCACAGUCGACCUCCCCAGCCUCGCACGGAGAACGGAGGGUUUCAGCGGCGCAGACCUGCAGGCGCUUGUGUAUAAUGCGCAGCUGGAGGGUGUUCAUGGGGUUAUUGAUCAUGUCGGGGGUGAUGUUAAAGGGGAGGAUGAGACGGGGACAAAAGAAGGGGAGAAGGAGGGGAGGGAUGGGGAGGGGCAGAGGGAGUUUGUCGUUGCGGAACGUGGGAGGGUUGUGGUUUUGGAGAGGGGGGAAAAGGGUGCAAUUGUUGCUAAGAUCGAAGCGAUGGAGAAGAGUGCCAAGACAUCAUCGGAGAACAACGGCCGAUCAGAUACCGACAAAAGCACUCCGACACAUCAGAUAAUCCAAAUAACCCCCGACCACCUCGAAACAGCCCUCUCCACCACCCGCCCCUCCAUCAGCCAAAAAGAAGUGUCACGACUCUCCGGGAUCUACGAGGAGUUUCUGGGGGGUAGGGUGCCUGGUGGGGCUGUUGGUGUGCGGGCUACUUUGAUGUAGAUUUGAUAGAAUGUAGAUGUAUGGGUAGUAUGAGGGUAGAGAACGAUGAAUCGGGA